AUGUUUCAUCCUCACCCCCAUGCUCCAAGAAACAAUCGUGCGCAUGCAAGAGCACCCAGAGCGCUCAGAGGUCACUUCCAAGCAGCUAUGCAUACACAGCCUCUUGUACAUCCUCAGCCUUCGUCCCGAGGCCAACAGCACCAUCCUUCGAAUUCCCGUGGGAGACAGUCACAUACCCACCGAGGGCAGAGAGGUCAUCCUAGAGGACAAGUACAGACAGCCAACUUUCAGCCAUCACAAGGAAAGUCAACUAGUAACGGAGCUCCCGGCCGCAGUCGUUCCAACUACAGAGGAAGCAGAUCUAGGAAGAACUUCCCUACCAAUUCUAGAUAUCCAGUCAUUAAACAGCAUGUAAUAAUGUCCACAGCUCCAUGUUUCAUUCUCCCGCGCCAAUCUCCCGGUUCGGCUGAAGAGAAGGCAGCAGCACAGAUACCCUCAACGUUCCAGCGACUCCCACCCGAGAUUCGAAGCCAAAUUUAUGGUUACAUAUUUGAACCUCACCGUGUUGAGCUCAUACGAAGACGCGAGAAAGACCCGGCGAAGCACCCAAAAAGAGUGUACUACCGCCUGUAUCAUAAUCAGCUUCGAUCGCGCCAUCCCAUCACACAGCAAAUCCAGGACCCUUAUUUGAAAGGCCAACACCCUGUGCCUAUUGGGCUGGCUUUUACAUGCCGCAGUAUUUACUGCGAAACCCUUUGGUGGCUGUACUCAACUACCCAAUUUGUCUUCACCUCGACGAAGACUAUGAACCGCUUCUUUAACAUCAUCCCCUCUGAAGUACAGCCUACCAUACGGCACGUAGAGAUUAACCAAGAAAUGCAUAGUGAACCCAGCCUAACUGAGCACCGUAUUCACAAGGUUCGAAGUGACUGGGCUUUCACAAUGGCAUGCGAGAACUUGGUCAAGUGCUGUUCAGGACUGCGAGUCCUGUACAUCUACUUCCGCAUCCGUGAUUGGCCCAUGAACCUCGAGAUCGGCGAGACAUGGUCAUUGCCAAUGAUGGCCUUUGCGGAGUACAAAGGUGGCUUGGACAUCGUGAACAUCAACCUCGACAUGCCGAGGUUUGGGCUACAGAAGUUGAAAAACAUGGCCAAAACCCUCGAAAAGAGGUUCAUGAAACCUAGGGCGUUCCAGGUCAGGGAAGAUGAGCAAAUGGCCAGGGAAUUAAGCUGCUCUUUCAUGGAAUUGCAGGUAUAUGGAACUAACUGA